AUGAGGAUAUAUUGUUUAUAUGGAGGUAGUGUUGAAACAAUUUAUGUGAAAAUCUCCAACUCUAAUAAAAACAAUAUUUUCAGAAAUUCCCCUUCAGUUGUCAUUGGAAGAUAUCAAAAUCCCUGGGUUGAGGCAAAUGUGAAAUUUUGUAAAGAAAAUAAUAUUAAAUUAGUUAGAAGAUACAGCGGUGGAGGGGCAGUUUACCACGACGAAGACCGUCAUAAUCGAAAAGAAAAUUUACAAAAAUUGGCCAAACAAUUAAAUAUGGAUUUCAAUCACUAUUUUGAACCUUUUAACAAAAUUUGUGUAAAUUCAAGAGAUGAUUUAAUUUUUGAACCGAAAAAUUCGAAAAUGUCGGGGACUGCUGCAAGGAUAUCUCAAGGAAAGGCUUAUCAUCAUUUUACGUUUUUGGUAAACCCAAAUAUGGAAAAUUUGCAUUUUUCGCUUCAAUCGCCGUUAAAGGAGAAAAUUGAAACAACCGCAACAAAAAGCUUUAGGGCAGCAUCUGUUAGUUGUCUAGCAAAUGUUUUGAGAAUAAAAGGAGAGAGAUUAAAGGAUAAUGAAAUUAUGGAGAUGACCGAGAAAAGUAUUUUUAAAGCAUUUUCUGCGAAUUAUGACAGUUUGAAUAUUAAAUUGGAUGUUUUUCCGAAUGAAGAGAAUUUUCCAGGUUUUUUUUUUUAUUUUUAG